CUUCCUCCUUAUCGAACAUUUUCUACUUUGCUAAGAGCUUGUUUUAGUUAAACAAUUCUAUAGUCAAGGCAUUUUUCUCUUCAUUCACAGAUUCUAAAUUCUAAGAUGGAUUUCAUGGCGAUUCUCACUUCUUUAGUUGGGAUGCUGGCUGUGAUCUGGUUGUCGUGGAAAGUCAAGAAAUCAAGAAAUAUUAAUGCUACACUGCCACCAGGUCCGUGUGGCUUGCCUCUAGUCGGAUACCUUCCUUUCCUGGGCACUCAUCUUCACAGGAAAUUCACAGAAUUGGGAGAAGUCUAUGGUCCUAUCUACAAGCUUUGGCUCGGAAACAAAUUUUGUGUUGUUGUGAGCUCGCCAUCGCUGGUUAAGGAAGUGGUUCGUGACAAUGAUAUAGUUUUUGCUAACCGUGAUACAUCCAUCGCUGCAAGGGCGAUCACAUAUGAUGCAAACGAUAUCGGUUGGUGCCCCUAUGGUGCUAAAUGGAGAAAGUUGCGCAAAAUAUUUGUGGGCAAGAUGAUGAGUAAUGCAAGCAUUGAUGCCUGCUACACUCUGCGAAAACGAGAGAUUAAGAAUACUAUUAGAGAUGUGUAUUGCAACAGAAUUGGGAAGACGGUAGACAUUGGUGAAUUAUCAACUGCAACUUCGAUCAAUGUAGUCCAGAACAUGCUGUGGGGUGCCAGUUUUGAGUUGGGACAGAAAGGGACAAAUCUUGGGGUUGAGCUUCGAAAGAUGCUUGCAGAAUUGAUGGUGUUGUUAGGAACUCCAAAUCUUUCAGACAUUUUUCCGGUGCUUUCUUGGCUUGAUAUUCAAGGAAUAGAAAGGAAAACGAAGCAUAUUCUUUCAUGGUUAGAAAAGAUCGUUUAUUCUGCUAUUGAACAGCGUACCAAUAUGGUGAACGAUGAACAAAAGGACUUCUUGCAAUUCCUCUUGGAGCUCAAGGAACAUGAAGAUAGAGAAAAAUCUAUUACCAUGAUCCAACUGAAGGCAUUGGUGAUGGAUAUAAUCGUGGGAGGAACAGACACCUCAACAACGAUGGUGGAAUGGACAAUGGCAGAGCUGCUGCAACAUCAGGAAGUAAUGAGGAAAGUUCAGCAAGAACUAGCAGAAGUUGUUGGCAUGUUCAGCUCAGUUGAAGAGUUUCACUUGCGGGAAUUAAGGUAUUUAGAUGCUGUUGUGAAAGAGACAUUACGUCUGCACCCAGCUCUGCCUUUUCUAGUACCUCGUUCUCCAAGCCAAUCGAGCACAAUCGGUGGCUAUACUGUACCAAAAGGCACGAUGGUGAUUUUGAACGUUUGGGCGAUCCAUAGAGAUCCCGAGCUUUGGGAAAAUCCCUUGGAAUUUAAACCUGAGAGGUUCUUGGAUGAUCCUGAGAAAUUUGAUUACUUGGGAAACAAUUUUAAGUAUAUGCCAUUUGGUUCUGGGAGGAGAAUGUGCGCAGGGAUUCCUCUAGCAGAGAGGGUUUUGAUGUUCAUAUUGGCUUCAUUGUUGCACUCGUUUGAGUGGAAAUUACCAGAUGGCGCAGAACUGAACUUAACUGAAAAAUUUGGGAUUGUUAUAAAGAAAUCGCAGCCUUUGAUUGCUAUUCCAACUCCAAGACUGUCUAAUUCAGAGCUUUACUACUGAAGAGUGUGAAGACAGAGGAUGCAUUAGCAUUUUCCUUGUGGCGUGAAGGGUAGAGUUUGUGAUACUGCUUCUUCUAGGCCAAAUAAGCCACUGCAUGGUUGGGUUAGAUCUUACUUUUGUAUUCUAUUUUCCAAAUAAAGGAGAAGGAAAAAAAAAAAUUAUUCCAGCGAGGUAGAAAUCAAUUUAAGAAAUUCCCAGAUGGCAAUGGCAGCAUCAUAAGGUAAGAUAUUAUCAUGCUUCAAGUCCUCUAUAAUAAAGAAAUGUUGUGCCUCCAUUGUCAUUUCAGAGAAAAAGAAAAAC